UGUUUCUCCGUCGUUCCUGCCCUCCCGUGCCCUACCUGUCACGCCUCGCUGCACCCCGACACUUCCCGCCCACUUCCUGCAGGAGAUAAUCAGCCGAGCGGCCAGCAAGCUUUCUUCAAGCUCUACAGCGCAGGCACCACCCCGCCACCCCACCCCACCUCGUCGCCAUUGUGUCUUGCUGGCCCGCUCAGCGAUGCCCUGAGUGUGGGCUUGAUUUCUAGAGGAUCUGUGGACCAAGCAGACAGAUUUGGUGGGCUGGAAGUGAAGACCGCAGAGAUGCCACAGAUGGUAUUCCUACAUGACAACGUCACUAUAGUCUGUGAAAUCCCUGGUUUACCCCACCUGGACGUAACAACUGUGGGAAUCAUCUGGUCCUUGAAGAAUGAAUGGCAUGAAGCCGAGGUCCCCAUCUAUGAGUUUUAUGGAAAUCACCGCAAGGCAUUCCGACCUGGAGCCAGUGUGUCAUUGUUGGGGCUAGAAUGGGGAGAUGCCUCCCUCCAUCUGCCCAGGAUCGAGCUGAGUGAAGCAGGAGAAUACCAGUGCAAGCUGGUGGUCACCCCCGAUCAGGCAGAGGGAACAACCAGGCUAGAUGUCGUGGCUUACCCAGUCAUGGCAUUGUUUGUGAAAGCAGCUUCAGAGAGAAAUGGUGAAGGGCAGCGCAUUAUAUGCAAGCUGGAUGGAUUCUACCCAGAAGCCUUUGACAUAAAGUGGGAGAGAGGCACCCUGAAGGAUCCCCACUUCCGAGUGAUUACUGACGGCAUCGUCACUGGUCCCACGGUGAAGAAUGAUGAUGGCACCUUCAGUGUUACCAGCUCCUUGGCCCUGAAACCAGCUCUGGAAGAUCGUGGGAUUAUCUACCACUGUGUGGUGUCACACAAAUCCUUGCUUGUUCCCAAGAAGCUCAAUCUCACACUGCCUGAGAAAGGAUCUAUGGAGAUAUAUGUUACUAUUGUUUCUCCCAGUGUUCUACUGGGUUUAGUGCUAAUUCUCUACUGGCUCUGGAGAUGCUGCUAUGCGGGUGCUGCUUAGCACUUAGCAGGAACCCUGGAGUGAAAAGGGCACAAAGCCCAUGACUUGGCCUGAAUCUUGCAUCCAUUUCUUCUGUCUUUACUUCGUCCGUCAGUGUCCUUCACGAGUCGACAGCUCCAACUGUGUGACAUGCUGUCAGCUGAGAAAAUUUAAGCUGUCAUUUAAAGAUCAAUUUUUAGGAUUAUUUUCUAUGUGAUAUUACUAAUCAUGAAAACACAGUAUGACAAAACUUCCAAUAAAAGCAGUCUGCAAGGGA